GAGUGAGUCUGGAUCAAAAGUGCCCUUAUUCAUGGGCCAUGCACAGCGCAGAUUGCAUUGCUAAGCCAGCCAAGGAGAGGUGAGUGCAAAAAGUGGGGGGCGGUGAGCAUUGAAAGCUGAGAAAUAAUUUCCAGGGGGGCAUAAAGGAACAGCACCAGCCACUGCAAAGGGGCGAAACCACUUUUGCAGGGGGAGAGAGGAGAACAGCCUGCUGAGAGAUGCAACAAUAGGGGCGGGGGAGGAACACAAAACCCUGACACUUCAAUUUCGUUUGGGUCUGACCUCCACAUCUGUGGCUUCUUGCUAGUAAGGGUUGUUGUUGUUGUUUAGUCGUUUAGUCGUGUCCGACUCUUCGUGACCCCAUGGACCAGAGCACGCCAGGCACUCCUGUCUUCCACUGCCUCCCGCAGUUUGGUCAAACUCAUGCUGGUAGCUUCGAGAACACUGUCCAACCAUCUCGUCCUCUGUCGUCCCCUUCUCCUUGUGCCCUCCAUCUUUCCCAACAUCAGGGUCUUUUCCAGGGAGUCUUCUCUUCUCAUGAAGUGGCCAAAGUACUGGAGUCUCAGCUUCAGGAUCUGUCCUUCCAGUGAGCACUCAGGGCUGAUUUCCUUCAGAAUGGAGAGGUUUGAUCUUCUUGCAGUCUAUGGGACUCUCAAGAGUCUCCUCCAGCACCAUAAUUCAAAAGUAUCAAUUCUUCGGCGAUCAGCCUUCUUUAUGGUCCAGCUCUCACUUCCAUACAUCACUACUGGGAAAACCAUAGCUUUAACUAUACAAACCUUUGUUGGCAAGGUGAUGUCUCUGCUUUUUAAGAUGCUGUCUAGGUUUAUCAUUGCUUUUCUCCCAAGAAGCAGGCGUCUUUUAAUUUCGUGGCUGCUGUCACCAUCUGCAGUGAUCAUGGAGCCCAAGAAAGUAAAAUCUCUCAUUGCCUCCAUUUCUUCCAGUUCUAUUUGCCAGGAGGUGAUGGGACCAGUGGCCAUGAUCUUACUUUUUUUGAUGGUGGAAACCUGCAAAGGCGAGAUUUUGCCCCCCCCUUGAAAACCAGUGGGAUAGGGAGCUGGAGUCUAGGAGACAGUGACACUUGGAGGGCUUCAACAGACGAUUAGACAAAUUCAUGGAGGAGAGGGUCUUGCUUGAAAUCUGCAGGCAUUGUGAGCAGUGUUAGAAAUUAGCCAGCUGCCUGGCGCAGUUUGCUACUGGCAUAGGUCCAGUCAUGACUAUGUGGAGAUCUCUGGGUGCCAGACUGACGACUGACAUCUCCAUCUGACUGCCCCCCCCCAGCUUUCUUAAGGAGAAGAGCUUGUUUAUUGCAUUUAUAUCCCGCCUUUUUAUCCAAGGAGUACAUGGUUCACACACACACCCUCAGUUGAUCCUCACAACGACUCUGUAAGGUAGGUAAAGAGGCUGCGACUGGCCCAAGGUCACCCAGUGAGCUUCAUGACUGAGUGGGGAUUCGAACUCUGAUCUCCCAGGUCCUUUGCCGACACUCUAACCCAGCGCCUCCCAAAUUUUGGUCUCCAGCUGUUUUUGGACUACAACUCCCAUCAUCCCUAGCUGGCAAGACUAGUGGUCAGGGAUGAUGGGAACUGUAGUUCGAAAGCAGCUGGAAACCUAAGUUUGGGAAACACUGCUCUAAUCACAACAACAUCCUGGCUUCCUGGGGAACUUCUGCUAUGGGGCAGAUCUAUAAAUUAAGUUGGUAAAUAAAUAUGGGCAGAACAGAAUGUCAUUUAGAGAAGGAUCUGAAAUACUUUCCUUGAAGCUUGAAUUUGUUUUACUCUGAAUCGGGCAUAGGCAAACGCCGGCCCUCCAGAUGUUUGGGACUACAGUUCCCAUCACCCCUAGCUAACAGGAUCAGCGGUCAGGGAUGAUGGGAAUUGUAGUCCCAAACAUCUGGAGGGCCAGAGUUUGCCUAUGCAUGCUCUGGAUUGGUUUAUUUGGUGUUUUAAUGCGUUGUAAACCAGAGCAGGAUUCUUCCUUUUUUAAUUUUAAUUUUUGAUUUUCAGCUUUUACAAACACUUCAGGCAGAAAAACAAAGUCUUUACAAAUCCACUUCUUAUGUUCUUUUGCUCUGCAGCUAUCACUGCCCUGUGGGGCUUACUAUUUACCAUUCUUAUUCUCCCUCUCUCUCCCCCCCCCCGCCUUUGUCUCUCUUCCUGUUUAGGAGAAGCGCAUCUUCCUUCCUGAGAACCAAACGGGAGACCCUUGAUUGUGACUCCAAGAGAAGCCCCUUAUCUCUAGAGGGUUAAGACAUCGAGGCUGUCCCGCGUUGGAAGCGGGAGACUGGAAUAGUUUGAAAGAGAAGCAGGGGAACGCAGCUAGCUGCAGGCACCCCAGAGCCUCUGAAAAUGGAGGAGCAGGACACGGCCGGCUCCAAAUUGUGGCAGGGGAUGCAGGGGGAAGGAAAGAGAGUCCCGCAAGUGGUCCAUGUGGGGAGCAUCGGGACCUUCGUGAGCAAGGAGCUCCCACCACAGAUCAAGCGGGAGCCAGAGGAGGGGCUGCAGCAGCAGCACUGGGAGACCCAGUGGCAGCAGUUCUUGCAGAGCGUGCAGGCCCCAGACUCCAGAUCGCAGCCUCAUUCCGUCUCUGGGGAGGAGGCCAAGGAGAUCCAGGCCUCAUUCCAAGGUGUUGCCAAUGCCGUGCAGUGGCCGAAAGGUGGAUGGGUGACCCAGGCAGUGCCGGGCCUCGGCGGGGAAGCCCAGAAGGUCUACCGAAGCCUGGACUCCUUCGCGAAGGUGAAGGAGGAGGCCGUGAGCGAGGGGGCCCUGCGGCCAGAGACACGGCGCCAGCGCUUCCGCCACUUCUGCUACCAGGAGGCCAAAGGGCCCCGCGAGGUUUGCCAAAGGCUCCGGGAGCUGUGCUGCCAGUGGCUGAAACCGGAGAGGCAGACCAAGGAGCAGAUCCUGGAGCUGCUGAUCCUGGAGCAGUUCCUGAUCAUCCUGCCCCUGGAGAUGCAGAGCUGGGUACGCGAGAGCGAGCCAGAGAGCUGUGCCCAGGCAGUGGCCCUGGCAGAAGGCUUCCUGAUGGGGCGGCAAAACGGCAAGAGAUGUGGCCAGCAGGUGAGAGGCCUCGAUGGCGGGCAGAUCGCAAGAAGGAGUGUGGGUUGGGUUUGGAGGCGACCCACUUUGUGUGUUGCUUGAUUUAUUAUUUACUAAAUUGAUCGGUUGCUUUUUUGCCGUAGAAACUCAAAGCAGCUUACAGCAUUUUAAGCAACACAACGAAACAUCCUUCCCAUGCAUAAAGGCCAUAGAUAGUUAAAAGCCAAAGGCCUGGGGAGAGAUAAAUGUUUUUGUCUGGUGCCCAUAGGAGCCAACGUCUAGGAGCUAAGGUCUUUUUGGCCCCCCAUAAAAUAUUUCAGGGGUCUGGGCCCCCCUAAAGUUGAUGGGCAUUGCCAUUCAAAUGGUGUGUGUAUGCCGUGUCUUAUGAUCAAUUAUGCGGAGCAGGGCUUACCUGACACGCCCCACCAAUAUUUUAUUCAGGUUGGCACCCCUGCUGCCACCUAAAGAUAUGUAAGGAAGGCACCUGGCAAGCCUCCCUGGGGAGAGCAUUCCACAAGCGGGGAGCCACCGCAGAAAAGGCCCUCUUCUAGUGUUGCCAUUAUUACUUCAGUGGUACCUCGGGUUAAGUACUUAAUUCAUUUCGGAGGUCCGUUCUUAACCUGAAACUGUUCUUAACCUGAAGCACCACUUUAGCUAAUGGGGCCUCAUGCUGCUGCCGCACCGCCAGAGCACAAUUUCUGUUCUCAUCCUGAAGCAAAGUUCUUAACCCAAGGUACUAUUUCUGGGUUAGCAGAGUCUGUAACCUGAAGCGUAUGUAACCCGAGGUACCACUGUAUUAUAGUAACACUCACACAUAACAGGCAAAAUGUAGGUUAGCAGCAGCGUCUGGUUCCCCAUCGCAUUUACUAACAGCCUGACGGCCACCAGGGAGUGGGGGUGGGCAGGCAAAUAGUGGCUGUGGUGGUGAAGGCGCCACACGUAAAAUAGUUGCUUUCCCAAAUGUGGCCUCAACAGUGUCCGUAACCCCCCCCCCUUGGAGCUGUCUACCAGUGCACCUGGAGGAGCAACGGUGUAACAAUUCUAAAUAUCACUUCAUUAUUAUUCACGUACCGCCGGUUGUAAGGAGGAGAGGCAGAGGGCUCUUGUGUUCGAAUCCUGCUUGCUGGUUUCCCACAGGCAUCUGGUGAGCCACUGUGAGAACAGGAUGCUGGGCUUAGAUGGGCCAUUGACCUGGUAUCUAGCUGCGUUCUUAGGCUUUUAAUGUAUGUUCUUAAUGUCUGUCCAUCCGUCUCCCCGCUCUCUUUCAGCUGCCAGCACCUUUUGCGGAGGUGGCUGUGAAUUCCUCUGAAGUGGACCAGAUCCUGUCCGACACUUGGAACAGGCAGUUCUGCAGAAUAGCCAAGCAGGAUCAGAGCAAGGAGGAAAACCAACUCAGUAAUGGUGAACACGGAGGGUCUGUUUGAUCAGGGGGUGGGAAAACUUUUCCACCCUGGGGGUUUGAACUCUCUCCUGGGCAACCUCUUGAGACCUGCAUCCCAGUGGUGGGUGGUGCCAGCGGCAAAAGAAGUGUAUUAUUAUUAUUAUUAUUAUUAUUAUUAUUAUUAUUAGACAUCCCGUCAUCUGUAGAUCUCAGGGCGGUUCACAACAUAAAAUUACGAUAUAAAAAACCACAAAAUACAUUAUAAAAAGAACAACAAAACAAACCAAUGAUCCCUGCAUUUAUCUCAGAUUUUAAUCUUCGAGCUGUUGUUGUACAAUGUUUUAAAUGUAUUUUUUAUUCUUGUGAAAGCUGUCCCAGUUGUGCUUUUUGAGCUGGUUUUUGACCGUAAUAAAAUUAGGUAUGUAUGUAAGUAUGUAAUCCCCGCUCCCAUAACACAUUUAAAUAGGCAUCGGAUGUCAAUCAGCCAAAGGCCUGGCUGAAGAGGAAAGUUUUUACCUGGUGCCUAAAUAUGCAUAAUGAAGGCACCAGGUGAACCUCCCUAGGGAGAGCACACCACAAACAGGGAGCCACCACAGAAAAGGCCCCUUCUCAUGUUACCACCCUCUGGACCUCUUGUGGAGGAGGCACACGAAUAAGGGCCUCAAUUGACGAUCACAGGCUCUGGGACGGUUCAUAUGGGAAGAGGUGGUCCUUGAGAUACUGCAGUUCUGAGCAUUUUGCCUCUGUGUAAUAAGCUCUUCUUAUCUCCGCAGCCGACCAGCAGGUGGGAGAUAACCAUCGCCAGGAAGGCUCCGAGCAGGUGGAACCACACGAUGCAUCCAUGAGAAUCGGCUUGGUCUUCCAGAAUUACGAGGAGGGAACUGGGUUGUUGGGUCAGAAGGCACUGGCAGGCAAGCAGGACCCUGAAAGUAGAAGGGGUGGAGCUGUAGCCUGUUGGGAAGGCGGCUUCCGCAGGAAGGAACCCAAAGCCCAGGAUUGUGUGGAGGUGAAACCGCACAGCGACACCAAUGGAAGCUUCCGGCCGAGCCAAGGCAUCCUUAAGCAGGAAGCAGUCGCCGGGGACGAGAAACCGUUCAAGUCCUCGGCCUUUCCUCCGAGCCCAGGCCUCCUCGUCCCACAUGAGAGGAGCCACGCGGGGGACAGGCGAUAUAAAUGCUCCGAGUGUGGGAAGAGUUUCAACCAAAAGCGGUACCUGGCGGGGCACCGGAGAAUCCACCGAGGGGAAACCCCAUACAAAUGCUCAGACUGCGGGAGGAGCUUCAACCGGAAGUGGAACCUCAUUGCUCACAAGAGAAUCCACUCGGGGGAGAACCCGUACAAGUGCUCGGACUGCGGGAAAACAUUCAGCCAGAAGGGUAACCUUAUGACCCACGUGAGGAUCCACACGGGGGAGAAGCCCUACAAGUGCGCUGAGUGCGGGAAGCGCUUCAGCCAGAGGGCGGGCCUCACCUCACACAGGAAGAGCCACAUAAAAAUCAACAGCGUAGGAAAAGCCACCUUGGGGUAUCUGAUUUUCCUAAACCUCAGUGAAUCUGGGAAAGAGGGGAGCCCCGUAGAAGCUUAGGAGUUGGGCGGGAAGCUCCGUGCAGAGCUCGAAAACAUUCUUUGUCCGGGAAAAAGGAAAGGAAGGAGGAAACCCUUAGAAUUCCCAACUGUGAUAGAAACAGGCUGCGGAUGCGUAGGAUUGAGAGGAAGUUCUGUAAAUGCUGCGACUGAAUGACACUGGGACAGAACUAUCAUUCGCAACUCAUCAAACGGCAGGCUGUGUGGCACGAGACUCUUAAUUGUAGGUUCGAGCUGCAUGUUGGGCAAAGGCCGGGGGUUGGACUAGAUGACCCAUGUGGUCCCUUCUGACUCUGCAAUCCUAUGAAAAGUGUUCUGGGCUGUAUGGGAAGGGCUGCAUCUCAGUGGUAGAGCAUGUGCGUUCAGUUUCUGACAUCUCCAGUUAGCGUCAACGAUGCUAAGCUCGAUGGACCAGUGGUCUGCCACAGAAUGAAGCAGCGUCCUUUGUUUAAGCAGCUCUCAUUUAGAAGGACUGGGAUCUCACUUAGUCUUUAAGAAAAUAGACCGAAACUCAGAAGUAGAGCAUCUGCUUUUACAUGCAGGUCUCAGGUUUGAUUCCCGGCCUCUCCAGGUAGGGCAUUUCUCUGCAGAACCAAUGCUCAGUAAAGGCCAGGCGUAGUCUGACCUCUGCGUAAGCAAAUCGGAAUGAAUGCUGAAAAAACAGGUUGCCUGGAGGAGCCCAGGUCUGACCAGGGUUUACGUGGGUGGAGGUGGGCAGAUGCCCUGCAGUUAAACUUGGUGGGCCUGUGGACUUUGCUGCAGAACAGCAUGUCUUAAAGGCACACCAACAGGCUGCUUCAAAAGUUGACAGUCGUAGUUUAUGGCCCUGAGGGUCUUGAUUCAGCAUCAGAAGGCUCUGGGUAGGGGAUACAGUGGUACUUUGGUUCUUGAACUUAAUCCAUUCCUGGAGUCCAUUCGACUACCGAAACUGUUCAAAAACCAAGGCACAGUUUCCAAUUGGCUGCAGGAGCUCAAGCGGAAGCCACAUGGGAUGUUCGGCUUCUGAAAAGCUUUCGCAAACCGGAACACUUACUUCCGGGUUUGCGGCGUUUGGGAGCCGAUUUGUUCGGGAGCAAAGCCCUUCAGGAACCAAGGUACCAUCGUAUUCUUCUGCAAGCCAGCUGCUAUGUUUUCUGCAAGGUAUUAACGUAGUCAAGGGCACCCUUGGAAUCUUUAGGCACCCCACACAAUUAUUCUCUAGGCUGCCUCCAUGGUGCAACCGGCGCAGACCAUUUGUUUGUGCUGCAUUCAAAAUGAUUUUUGUUUUUUAUAAAAAAAAUCAAAAGCCAGAGCACAGCUUCAAAAGGUUAGUGGGAAAUGAUUUGGUUUUUUUUAACGAACCACCUUCUAGAAUCCAGUGUUUUCGGAUUGUAGUUACAUAUACCAAAUAAUUACAAAAACAAUCUAUGCAGACCAUGAGAGGGUUCCAUGCGAUUAAUGCGCCACAACAUUCACCAGCUUGAUUUUGCCCAUCUCUCAUCAGCCCCAGCUGUAGUCCAAAUCAUCUCAAGGGUGCCUGGUUGAAGAAGACUGACACACUGAACAGAUUAGACUAGCCUCUGUGCUUUGCCUUCCCAGCCUCCAAAACUCACUUUCCCUCCAGAGCUUCACACCAUUCCUGUUCCCUAGAAUUCCUGUUCCCUAGAAUUUUCUUACAGCCCAGCCGACAUCCUGUUCAUCAUCUCAGCAGAAGUUUGAUUAUUGCCAACGAUCUGUAGCUGGUCAGUCCCCCUCUGUGACCUCACAGGGGCUCAGCCAAUGGCUGCAAGGAGGGAAUGGGCACCAAAAAAGCAAAAUGGGACGCUGUUAAUGUGGGAGAGGGAAUAAUAAAAUCCCAGGAAGAUACUUUAAAAAUGUAAAGAUACUUUAAUUGGGAAAGGGCACAACAAAGGAAGGAAAAAAACCUGUGUUGUAAAGCUUAACUCUCAAAAGUUUGCUCACAUUGCAAUAAAAUUUGUUUGCCU